GAGAAAAUAAUCGGGCAGAGAGCAGAGGGGAGGGGACAGGCAGAAGAAGAGAAGAAAGAACAAAAGUGGUGCGCCACUCAGUGCCCCAAUUUCAUUUCCCACUCAGUUUCUUUCUCACUAGCGAAUAGCGAUUAAAAUUUUAGAAUCACGCACUCCUCAAAUGCAUGGAAGAGCAACAACAACAAAAACAACAACAGGAAGGUCCUAUCCCCCUUGACUGGAAACGACUCCUCCCCGACGAGGACCCUCCGCCGCCGGAACUUGUCGUUAUGACGCCGUCUUCCAUAGCCUCCGAUCAGUUCUCCGAUGAUGGCUUCGAUUUUUACUCCGAUCACAAACUCAGGGAAUCGAUUCAGAGCAUGGCGAAGACACUCGAGGGAACGGGUAAGAAUUUGAAGGACGGUGGUGCCAAGCUCCGUGUCACCAUCGACCGCUACCGAGAAGAGCUUAGUCGUCGAGAACACAAACGCCUUCAUCAGGAUGUUGAAGAGGACCAGAAGAAGCAGUCCCGACAAGCUACCAGCUCAAGUGCUGUUGGCGAGGGGGUGUGUAAGGACUUGAGAGAAGAGAUAUCAUCUCAAGCGCAGUCACAAUCCUCGUUUGCAUCUUGUUUUGUCAAGAAAAUGAAAGAUGAUACUAAUUGUACAGAUGUUGGUGCAUUUAAAAAGGAGUUAUCACGUUUCAAACAUUGCAACAACCGGACAACACGAGGCAAUGGAGAAUCUAAAGGAAAAAAGAGACAUCGAUCAUCAUCAAGACGAUUGUCAUUUCAGUGCCCUAGCAAUCUUUCGAAACGUGGUACUUCUAGUGAUGAUAAAACUUGGAGAGCAACUUCCACACUCUCUCUGCAGAAUAUUGGGAGAAACCUGUCAAGAUGCUAUCCAAAAGUUAGGAAGGAUGCUUCUCUGGAAAUUCAUUCUGAUGGCUCAAGGUCUAGGAAGGGUCAGCCCAUUGUUCUUGAUGAUGAUGAUGACGACAACGACUAUGAUGAACUUCAUAUUGUGGAGCAAACAGAAAAUGGAUUUGCUGAGCACCUGAAAGAAGCUAAGAUCUAUUUCCCAUCAAGAGAUGAUCCAGAGUGUGUUGAAAUUUGUUACACAGACACUGAUUGCCUUGCCCCUGAAGGCUAUUUAACAUCAACUAUUAUGAAUUUCUACAUUCGAUAUUUGCAGCAGCAAGCAUCACUGACAAAUAGAUCGUUAUCUGACUACCAUUUUUUCAAUACAUAUUUCUAUAAGAAGCUUAAAGAAGCUGUUUCCUACAAGCAAAGUGACAGAGAGAUGAUCUUUGCGAGGUUCAGAAGAUGGUGGAAAGGUGUAAAUAUUUUUCAGAAGGCAUAUGUUUUGAUUCCUAUACAUGAGGACUAUUUGAUUGAAGAAAGGAACUACAUGGAUCGAGAAUGUGUAUCAUCAGAUGUUUCAAUUGCAGACAGAAUAUGGAAGUGCCUUCCUCGUAGAAUUGAAUCUCAAAUCAUUGCGGUUCCCCAACAGAAGAAUGAGUAUGAUUGCGGUCUUUUUGUAUUGUACUUCAUUAAGAGAUUCAUGGAAGAGGCACCGGAAAGACUGAAAAAGAAAGAUUUAGCUAUGUUUGGUAAGCGAUGGUUCAAACCCGAAGAGGCAUCCGGUUUGAGGGUGAAAAUCCGUAAAUUGCUUGUAGAAAAAUUACAAAGUUCAAUCAGGCAUAAUUGUAAGUCAGAAUCUCCUCCUCCUUCAUCUGCUGGCACUGCAACCGAUUGUGUUGAGACUACUGAGGACCUUUCGUCCUAAGUAUUUGGUGGGCACCAUGAAUUGCAAUUCUAAUUUCACUGGAAGAAAUAUGUGUUGAACAGUCCAUAUAGUUGCGCCAGUGCUUUUUGUCUUUCCGUGUACAGACAUCAGCGAUUCAGCUGGUAGUUUUUUGGAUGCAGAGAUUCCAAUGGCCUGGCCCAGUAAAUAGUCCAAGACCCAUCCAUACAAGAAAAGGUGGCUGACAAUUUGCUAUGCACAAAUAACAAUCAACUUGUCCAGUUUCUAACCAUUUCUUGUGGGGUUAGGAGUUCCUUUCAAAUGUUUAGUAGGGAACAGUUCAAUGCUGACGACUAGAGAUAAUAGGCUCGAAAUAUACCCGUUAUUAUGUACCUGAAUCAUUGAUUUUUCAUUAUUUCAAUUCAAGUUUUAAUCCCAACUUCUAUUUUUAUUAAUAUAGAGGUGUAAAACAAUUAUUAGCUCUCGUAACCAAAUUUUUGAACUGGACGAUGGCUUGUACGCUUGAAGGAUAUCUUCGGUGCGUCAGUAAGAAGUUUUCUUUCUUGAUCACAAUAUGGGGCUCAAGCCUAAAAUGACAUGCGAUAUCACUAGGAGAGAUUUGCUUUGGAUAAAACGCUCCUACCGAAUGAAUAUGUUUGAUAUCAGUGAGAAAAGGCGAACCGGGUUUUCUGUGGCUUUUAUAAAGAAAAAUUUAAAGUUUUUGUUUUAAUCGAAGUUUAUGGUGCUUAGAGAGGCAUAUCAUUACUGCGCUUCAUCUCCGUGCAUCAUGUUGAAGUUUGAGCUGCAUGUCUGGGAGGGCAGCGAACCUAGUUGGUGUAUUGUGAUCCGUUGGUGCCAAAUAAGCAACAUAGUGUAGGCUGCCCUAUUUCCUUCUCGCCUAGUCCAUGUUAAACAUUUAGUUUUGACAAUUCUCCGCCAAGACUUUGAUGUUUUAAAAGGUUGGUUUUAUCUUAAGCGAAAGGUUAUUUGAUUUGAAGAACACUCUCGACCCACACCUGUUAACAACUAAAUUACUGGAGGGCUGGGGCUUCUACUACUAAGAGAGAUGGAGCAAAGUAAGCAUUGGUGAAGCCUGCCAAUAGGGUCCAAGAACUAUCUUGAGCUACAACAAUAAAGCAUCAAAAGGGUCGGUCCACGUUGCAUCUGUGUUCAGCUGGAUAACCUCCUAAGUUGGAGGAUGCCAAAAGACAAGGCACUUACUUGUCUGAUUAUCCUGUAAAUGAUUUUCUUUUGUGUAUUUGCUUAAAAGAAUUCUAUUUGGAAUAUUUGUAUUGAGAGCAGUGUAGAAAUUGGUUCAGGGGUUGUGUUAUGAUGAACACAGUGAGACCUUGCUUUCCAUAUGAACCAAAUUGUAAUGAACAGGGUAGCCAUAGCAUGAUCGAAUCCUUCCUUGUUUGUUUUGAAUUG